AUAAAAAAAAGCUACAUGUUGGACUUGAACUACAUGACUGUCCAUUUAAGAAAUGGGAAGCAAGAAAUAGCUUUAGUAGGCAAAACAGUGUUCUUUACGGGGCAUAAUGUUUUCUCUCCUAUGCACAGAUACUGGGCAAACUUGAAACUUUGGUUCAAGCAAAAGAUCAGUAAAGAAGAGUUUGAUCUGGAAGCUCGCAGACUCCUCACCCAAGACAAUGUCCAUUCUCACAAUGAUUUCCUCCUGGCCAUUCUCACCCGGUGCCAAAUCUUGGUUUCUGCACCAGAGGGCCCUGGGCCUCUGCCAUGGACAGGGGGCUCUGCGACUAAACCUGGAAAGCCCAAAGGAAAGAAGAAGUUUUCUUCAGUUCGGCAGAAGUUUGAUCACCGAUUCCAGCCUCAGAACCCACUGUCGGGAGCCCAGCAGUUUGUGGCAAAGGACCCACAAGAAGAUGACGAUUUGAAGCUGUGUGCGCAUACCAUGAUGCUUCCGACGCGGGGCCAGCUGGAAGGAAGGAUGAUAGUGACGGCCUAUGAGCACGGGCUGGACAAUGUCACCGAAGAGGCAGUGACUGCUAUUGUCUAUGCCGUGCAGAAUCACCUUAAGGAUAUCCUGGCAUCGGUCGUAUCCCGGAGGAAAGCCUAUCGCCUGAGAGACGGCCAUUUCAAAUAUGCCUUUGGAAGCAACGUGAACCCCCAGCCUUACCUGAAGAACAGUGUCGUUGCCUACAAUAAUCUAAUUGAGGGCCCUCCCGCCUGCCUGGCACCUUCUGCGGGUCAGAAUCUAGCUUCCCACCCCGCUCCUGACGAUGCGGAGCAGCAGGCUGCUCUCCUCCUGGCAUGUUCGGGGGACACUUUGCCAGCUACUCUCCCUCCAGUCAACAUGUACGACCUGUUUGAGGCGUUACAGGUGCACAGAGAAGUUGUUCCAGCACAUACCGUCUACGCUCUAAACAUCGAGAGAAUCGUCAUGAAGCUUUGGCAUCCAAACCACGAGGAGCUGCAGCAAGACAAAAUCCAUCGCCAGCGCCUGGCAGCAAAGGAGGGGCUGCUACCGUGCUAGCGUUAGCGUGGCCGGCGCCAGGCGAGCUGUCAUUUCGUAGACUCGGCAGCGGCGGGGGUCUCCUCGGCUUUGCGGUGCUGAAAACGGUCGCAAAUCUUGCCUCGUCGUGUCAGCAUUUCAGACAGAAAUGUGUAAUGUGCAUGAGCUUUCCCUAUGGAAACGUGCCCGAGGUAGUUUACCGUGAAGCCAUGGUCCGGCCAGCUCUGGGUUACUCUGACCGACCGCCGCUGCAUUUGAAAGGGAACGGAAGUUCGACUGGCAGGAGAGGGAACUAUUUAGUUUCAAGGAGACUAGGCAAUGCUUUGGGUUAGUGGCUGGGAGGGAGCUGUCUGGCAGUGCAAGGGCUGUCCCUCGUGAUGGUCGGUGACUGUUCGGCUUGCAGCCUGAACCACUGCGCUGAAAAUCCAGGUGAAGGAACAUGCCGGUGACAAAGUGCUUCCCUUUGGUGGUGCUCGGCCUUCCCAGGGAAGGGGUGAAAUCCCUUCCCACAGCCACAGUGGCUGUCUGCAUCCUCGCUUGCUUGCCCACUCAUCGGCAGCAGGGGGAGCCCCAACCCUGCCAGUGUCUGAUGGUGGAGCUGUGGGUAUCACAGCUGGAGAGCUAGCUGGAAAGAAAUGGGGAUGUUGCAGGUGUCAGAGGUGUUGGGCUGGGCUUCGGGGGAGUCAGGAUGCGGAUGGUGCUGAAUAGCUCCCCCAGUUAGACCCCACUGUGGGAUGGGCAGACUCCUGCCCUGGCUCCUCCUCUGCCCUGCAGUGGUACAAAGUGCCAGGCGCCGGGCAGGGCAGCUGUAGAGUUAAAGGCACUGAAACCUGCCCUGCUCUGGCACAUACCCACCCUGCCUACGCCUGGGCACAGGGCAGUUUGCUCUCACAGGCUACCUCAGGAGCAAGAGGCAGCCUCUCUGGGAGCCAAUAGGAGGAGGAAUAUCCAGCGCACUCGCCAUCAGAUGGGUCGCCGUCUCCACGGCUGCUAGCGACUGUCGCAGUACGCAGUGACACCAGCCUGCCAGGGCCCUGAGUCGGAGGAAUUUCCUCAGCUGGGAUCAGAGCAAUAAGAACACGAUUUCCUCGUUUUAUCCAAAACAAAUGAAUAUUGCAGCCGCACAUACCCUGAU